GAAAUAUCAAAAACAAAGGUCAAACAUGGUAGUAGCAGACAACAGAUUUGAUGUAGAAAAUGAUAAAUCAUCGGCUGUUUCCCGCCCACAAUCGGCUCAUGAGAUUGGUGUUGAUCAUUGGUUCCAGGCAGCAUUUGUGCUGACCACCGGUGUCAAUAGCGUCUUCGUGUUGGGAUAUUCCGGGACCGUCAUGGUCCCGCUUGGUUGGGUCGGAGGUGUAGUCGGUUUAGUUUUAGCAGCCAUUGCAUCAUUGUAUGCAAACAUGCUUGUUGCCAAGCUCCAUAAUUUUAGAGGAGAGCGUUGUAUCCGAUAUAGAGAUCUCGCAGGAGAAAUAUACGGUAAAAAAGCUUACGUUAUAACAUGGAUAUUGCAAUAUGUUAAUCUAUUCAUGAUUAACAUAGGGUUUCUCAUUAUGGGAGGUGCUUCCUUAAAGGCUUGUUAUGUACUUUUCACUGAUGACCAUACUAUGAAGCUUCCAUACUUCACGGGCAUAGCUGGAUUUGCUUGUAUAUUGUUUGCCAUUUUAACGCCAAAUUUGUCGUCACUAAGAGCAUGGCUUGGAUGUUCCACAUUUCUCAGCUUAAUUUACAUCAUCGUGGCUUCCGUGCUGGCUGCCCGAGAUGGAAUGAAAUUACCACCAAGGGAUUAUAGUCAACACGGGACAACAAGUAGCAAGAUAUUUGAAAUCAUAGGGGCAUCUUCGAGUCUUCUCUUUGCAUUCAAUACAGGAAUGGUUCCAGAAAUACAGGCAACGCUGAGGGAGCCAUGUGUGGAGAAUAUGUUGAAAGCUCUGUACUUUCAGUUCACAGUCGGAAGCGUGCCGAUAUUCACCAUUACGUUUAUCGGCUAUUGGGCCUACGGAUCUUCCGCACCGGCGUAUUUGCUUAGCAGCGUAAGCGGCCCGGUAUGGUUGAAGGCAUUCGCCAACAUUUCAGCCUUCCUACAAUCAGUCAUUUCUUUACAUAUAUUCGCGAGUCCGGCAUACGAGUACAUGGACACGAAAUUCGGAGUCAACGGAGGCAUCUUCGAGAUUAGAAGUUUAUUUUUCCGGAUCGCAGCGAGGGGCGGAUACCUUGCCAUCAGUUCGCUUGUGGCGGCUCUUCUUCCAUUCCUCGGCGAUUUCCAGAGCCUCACCGGGGCGUUGAGCACGUUCCCGUUGACGUUUAUCCUCGCGAAUCAUAUGUAUAUCGUGGCAAAGAAGGACUCACUGAGUAGCUUACAACAAGUAUGGCAUAAGCUCAACGUUGUUUUCUUUAGUCUUAUGUCGCUUGCUGCAACAGUUGCAGCUGUAAGGCUCAUAAUGGUGGAUUCCAACAAAUUCAGUGUGUUUGCCGAUCUUUGA